AUCAAUCACAUGCACAACCACAAACUCAUCCAAUUUAUAAUCUCAUAGAACACAACAACAUUUUACUACACAAAAAGACAACAUUUGAUUGAAGUACUAGAAAACAAACAUGUCUGACUGGGGCCCAGUGUUUGUGUCAAUUGUGCUGUUUAUUUUGUUGACCCCAGGAUUGCUGUUUCAGAUACCUGGACGGUCAAGAUGUGUUGAGUUUGGAAAUUUUCAGACAAGUGGUGCUUCAAUACUCAUUCAUUCUCUUCUCUAUUUUGGCUUAGUCUGCAUUUUCUUCCUUGCUAUUAAGAUUCACUUAUACAUUGGCUAAUGAAUCUUAAUUCACUCAUGCAUGUUUCUGUUGUUAAUUAGUUUGUUCAGCUAAGUUGUGUGACACUUUAUUUUGUGUUAUCCUUGCUGUAUUCAGUUUUCCAUUGAAUGAAUGAAUGAAUCCUAGUACU